AUGACAAACAAAAACCAUCCCUAUCACUUAGUAGACGUAAGACCAUGACCUAUUAUAGGUUCAAUCAGAGCAUUAAUUACCAUAUCCGGAAUCGUAAAAUGAUUUCAUUCAUUUAAUAGAACCCUGUUAUUAAUCGGGCUAUCAUCAAUAUCAUUAAUUAUAUUUCAAUGAUGGCGAGAUAUUUCUCGUGAAAGAACCUUCCAAGGGCACCACACAUUCACUGUUACAAUAGGGCUUCGGUGAGGAAUAAUCCUAUUUAUUACAUCAGAAGUCUUUUUUUUUAUUUCCUUCUUUUGAGGGUUCUUUCACAACAGAUUGGCUCCAGCAGUAGAAAUUGGAAUAACAUGGCCGCCCAAAGGAAUUGAAACAUUCAAUCCAAUUCAAAUUCCUCUUCUUAAUACCCUAAUUCUUUUAACCUCAGGUCUUACCGUAACGUGAGCUCACCACAGAUUAAUAGAAAACAAUUACAAGCAAGCCACUCAUGGGUUACUACUCACAGUAAUUUUAGGAUUCUAUUUUACGCUUCUUCAAGGAUAUGAAUACCAUGAAUCUUCCUUCUCAAUUGCUGACGCAGCUUAUGGAUCAUCAUUUUUUAUAGCAACUGGAUUCCAUGGACUCCAUGUAAUCAUUGGAACUACAUUUCUACUAGUAUGUCUAAUCCGACACUUAAAUAAUCACUUCUCCCAAAUCCAUCAUUUUGGAUUUGAAGCCGCAGCCUGAUAUUGACAUUUUGUUGAUGUAGUUUGACUAUUCCUUUAUAUCUCAGUAUACUGA